AGCUGGUCAGUGAAUGGCAUUCCUAAAGGGAUUAUUAAACAGUCCCUGGGAUAUGUUCCAAUCAUGGUGAAAUCUAAGCUUUGCAAUCUGCAUAGUCUUCCUCCCAGAGCUCUGAUUGAACACCAUGAGGAAGAAGAGCCUCUACAGUUGGACGUAGUGUAACUAGUGCAUCUGGCUUUACAGGUGGACGGAUACAAGAAAUAGUCCCAAUAAUUCUUUUAAACACCACUAAAAUAGUUAUUUUCGUAAAAUACAUGGAAUAUACAGAGCUUAUAAUAGUAUGACAGGUUUAUUGGCACUUGUUUGGGAUGACCUCCGUAAUGCGCUCUUACCUGUUAUGUGUGAGUGAUGCAGGCAUCCCGAGCACAUGUCAAUAUAACUUGCCAUUUUACUGUCCAAUAAGAGCUAAUUUUGUCUCGCUUCCACUUUGUUUCUUGUAUAAAAGGUACUCUGUACUCAGAUCUUUGAACUCUGGUGUAUUAAUUUUUAAAGCACUUUCUCUCUUGUCAGGAAAUGGGAGGCUAUUUUAUAGUUAACGGUAUAGAAAAAGUUAUCAGAAUGCUGAUUAUGCCUAGACGAAACUUUCCCAUUGCAAUGAUAAGACCCAAAUGGAAAAGCCGAGGCCCUGGUUACACAGAGUAUGGUAAGUGUAGUGAUUUUGUUAGGGGCAUCACCUUAGUAAGACAGUUGCUUGAGAAUAAACAAACUGUAUUUAGUUAUUGCUUUCUAUUUUCUUCAUGCAGUUGUGCUGUACAUAAACAUGGCAGCUUGCUCAGAUGAGGGGAAAUUCUAUUCCUUGAAAAGGGAGAAGCCCCGUGCUGGAAAAAGCAAUUCUUUUAACAUUUGGAUGAAUUUUAGUGCUUGUGAAAAUAAAAGGCUAAUUAUAUUGUAUAAGGCAUAAGCUAGGUUGAUGGCUUUUGACUGUUGUAAUCUGAACCAUUGAUAUCGGGUGAUACUGGGUUGUAUUCUGUCUGAUUGUGGGUGGUCCAGCUUACAUUGUGAGCAGGGUGUAAUGGAAGUGAACCUGAGAACAUCAAUCCAAUGGACACAGAAGUCUGUUGGUGCUAUAGGCAACACUGAAUUUCCUUUCCCUGCACUAAGUUAAGGUUGUAAAGAGAUUUAUCCACAGUUAAAAUAAAAUCUGCACUACCUCCAUCGUAAGGCUCAGUGUCAUAAUUGGUAAUGGCUCUCCUUUGAAUCCUGCCUGUUGUUUAUAUUAAAACUCACUAUCAACGCGCCCUGUUUUUAAUGAAAAUCCUACCUGUCAGUGCAUUGUGUUCUGCCUCAUUAAAAAUGCAUUGUUUAUAUUUAUUCACAGAACCGGUACAUUUUUGACAAUGAGCUUGAAGCUGCUUUGUAAGACGUACAAAUACAGUCCUUGCCCCAAUGACUGUAUGAUCUAGAAGGAUGGUGGUGCAGGAUCUGUAUUUUGUUUCCCUAGUUCAGUGUGUCUGAACUCUUCUGCCACGCUGCUACAUCUAAUAAUAAAAGAGUAGCUUAGUCACCACGGGCCCGAUUCCCCACUGCCUUACACAUCGUAGUGUCAUGUACAGUGAGGAUAACAUGAUACCAGAUCACAACAGUCUCAUUUUGCACCCACUUUGCAUUAGUGUAAAAGGUUAUGGCCUGACUCAGCACGUGCUUAAUUUUAAGGUUGUGAAGUCAGUGGGACUACUCAUGCUGAAAUACCUUGCAAAUCAGACCUAAAGUAGUGGAAGGCAGUGGAGAAUCAGGCCCUAUUUUUGAUUAAUCCUUGAUCUCUCUCUUGAGACUGCCAGCAAGAGGGCCAGCGUUGAUGUGAAUACCCAUCCUGUAGGAACUGAAGUGAGACCUCUAAUUCAUUUCAAGCAGAAUACUGAAAAUCAGCCUGUGGUAUAUCGAUGCACUGUGUUAGGGAUGAGCACACUGCUAUAAACAUGAACCUUCACUACCUGGAAAAUGGUACGGUGAUGCUGAACUUCAUUUUUCAGAAAGAGUUGUUCUUCCUCCCACUGGGAUUUGCACUGAAGGCAUUAGUUGGUUUCUCAGAUUACCAGAUUUUUCAGGAGUUGAUCAAAGGAAGAGAAGACAACUCCUUCUAUAAGAACUGCAUCUCUCAGAUGCUGAGAAUGGUAAUGGAGGAGGGCUGUGCCACGCAAAAGCAGGUCCUUAACUACAUUGGGAAAUGCUUCCGAGUGAAACUCAACCUUCCUGAGUGGUACCCAAAUGAACAAGCUGCAGAAUUCCUUCUGGAUCAGUGCAUCUGUGUACACUUGAAAACCAAAACUGAGAAGUUCUACUUGCUUUGUCUGAUGACCCGGAAGCUGUUUGCGUUUGCCAAAGAAGAGUGCCUGGAGGAGAAUCCAGACAGCCUUAUGAAUCAGGAGGUGCUUACCCCAGGGCAGCUUUACCUCAUGUUCUUAAAGGAGAGGAUGGAAGCUUGGUUGCUUUCUGUUAAAGUAGCCUUGGACAAAAGAUCUCAGAAGACCAAUAUAACCAUCAAUUCAGAAAAUAUGAUGAAGCUAUUCAGCAUGGGAAUUGAUGUUACAAGGCCAUUUGAAUAUCUCCUUGCUACUGGUAACCUGCGCUCUAAAACAGGUCUGGGUAUGCUACAAGAUUCUGGGCUGUGUGUGGUGGCAGACAAGCUGAAUUUUAUUCGUUAUCUGUCCCAUUUUCGCUGCGUACACAGAGGUGCUGCGUUUGCCAAGAUGAGAACCACCACAGUGCGCAAACUGCUCCCAGAAUCCUGGGGCUUCCUGUGCCCUGUGCACACCCCCGACGGAGAGCCCUGUGGGCUGAUGAACCAUAUUACGACUGUCUGUGAAAUAGUGACGCAGUCAUCCUACACCUUGUCCCUGCCACCUUUGCUCUGCUCCUUAGGUGUCACUCCCGUUGAUGGGACUCCAAGCCAACCCUAUGCAGAGUGUUACCCAGUCACACUGGAUGGCUCGUUAGUGGGCUGGGUAGAAAAAGAUAUGGCUCCUACGAUUGCAGAUACUCUCCGGCACUUUAAGGUGAUGCAAGAAAAGAAAAUUCCAGCCUGGACUGAGGUGGUCCUUAUUCCAAUGACAGGAAAACCUAGUCUGUAUCCAGGAUUAUUCAUUUUUACUACCCCUUGCAGGAUGGUUCGGCCUGUGAGAAAUUUGGCCUUGGGAAAGGAAGAAUUGAUUGGUACUCUGGAACAGGUCUUCAUGAACAUUGCUGUCCUUGAGGAUGAAGUUGUGCCUGGCGUGACCACUCACCAGGAGCUCUUUCCUCAUAGCAUGCUGAGUGUGGUAGCCAACUUCAUUCCAUUCUCUGAUCACAACCAGAGUCCCAGAAACAUGUACCAAUGCCAGAUGGGCAAGCAAACUAUGGGCUUUCCUCUUCUGACGUACCAGGAUCGCUCAGAUAAUAAACUGUACCGACUUCAGACACCGCAGAGCCCCUUGGUGCGCCCGUCCAUGUAUGAUUACUAUGACAUGGACAACUAUCCAAUCGGUACCAAUGCAAUCGUUGCUGUCAUCUCCUACACUGGCUAUGACAUGGAAGAUGCAAUGAUUGUAAGUAAGGCUUCGUGGGAGAGAGGAUUUGCACACGGCAGCGUUUACAAGACGGAGAGCAUAGAUCUUGCUGAAAAAAUCAAACAAGGAGAUGACAGUCUGGUGUUUGGAGUCAAGCCUGGUGAUCCAAGGGUUAUACAGAAUCUGGACGCUGACGGGCUGCCGCACGUUGGAUCCAUACUGCAAUAUGGGGACCCUUAUUACAGCUACCUGAACCUCAGUACUGGGGAGAGCUUCGUAACCUAUUACAAGAGUAAGGAAAGUUGCAUUGUGGAUAACAUCAAAGUGUGCAGCAAUGACAGUGGAAAUGGAAAAUUUAAAAGUGUUUGCAUCACUAUGAGAAUCCCUCGUAAUCCAACCAUUGGGGACAAAUUUGCCAGCCGACAUGGACAGAAGGGUAUUUUGAGCAGACUCUGGCCAGUUGAGGACAUGCCAUUUACAGAGAGUGGAAUGGUUCCAGAUAUUCUCUUCAAUCCUCAUGGCUUUCCAUCCCGAAUGACCAUUGGAAUGCUGAUUGAGAGCAUGGCAGGGAAGUCUGCAGCAUUGCAUGGCCUCUGUCACGAUGCCACCCCCUUCACGUUUUCGGAGGAGAACUCUGCCUUGGAAUACUUUGGCAAGAUGUUGAAGGCUGCUGGCUAUAACUACUAUGGAACAGAGCGGAUGUACAGUGGAAUCAGUGGGGUGGAACUGGAGGCAGACAUUUUUAUUGGAGUUGUAUACUAUCAACGCCUGCGUCACAUGGUUUCGGACAAGUUCCAAGUGAGGACGACAGGAGCCAGAGAUAAAGUCACCAACCAGCCCAUUGGUGGGAGGAAUGUCCAGGGUGGGAUUCGCUUCGGAGAGAUGGAACGCGAUGCCUUGUUGGCUCACGGCACGUCCUUCUUGCUGCAUGACCGUCUCUUCAACUGUUCCGAUCGGUCUGUGGCCCACGUCUGUGUCAAGUGUGGCAGUUUGCUUUCUCCUUUGUUGGAGAAGCCUCCGCCUUCCUGGUCCACGACGCGCAAUAGGAAAUACUACUGUACUGUGUGCAAUCAGAGCGACACAAUCGACACUGUUUCUGUGCCUUAUGUCUUCCGGUAUUUUGUGGCUGAGUUGGCAGCCAUGAACAUAAAAGUGAAACUCGAUGUGAACUAACUGUGGACGUGAAUAGCAAUUCACGUACUCUGGAAAAACUAAUUUUUAAAUGUCCAGUUUUUUCUGUCAGAGGAUUUAUUGACUCAUAGCUUGAAAUCCUGCAACAGCUGUGGGAUUAGUUUGAUCUGUGUACUCUAACUGGGGAGAUAAUCUGCUAAAUUACUUAGCAAUCAAAUGGAGAAGCGGUACAGAUCCCUUAAUAGUCACUGUUAGCCCUGUAACAGUCCUCUCUGCUUGUGUUUCAUAUUAGCCAAAAAUCUCUUUAGACAGUCGGGUAUGAAAACCGAGCAGUGCCAAUGCUUUACUGGACUAGUGGGUUGGGAAUUAAAGCGUUAACUCCUUUUCCCAGACACUGCAUCUAGUAACUGUGAUGGCUCUGCCCAGCGGGGGAUGGACCACGGUUGUGCUGAAGAGGUUAAAUAAAGUGGAAUGUCCUUGAACACUGGAAGACCACCGAAAGUCUUUGUUAAAGGAGCAAACCUAAUGCCUUAAUGGCUGGCAGUGUCCCUGUCGUGCAGCCAGCCAGGAAAAAUCAUUUCUUUGCCUAUGUGAGAAAUACAUCUGCAGGGAUUAAAAGGGGAAAACACUGGUGAUUUGAAGGCAUGGCCCGAAGUCAGGGCAUGGUAGAGUGGCACUGCUCUAGGAGGCGCUCUGGAGAGAGCCUGCCUCAGAGAGGCACAGUCUGUCAUAGUGCCGAGAGUGCAGUCUGCUCCAUUCAUUGGGGGGAGCAGAUUGCUGCUUCCACUGUGCCAGCCCAUGUGAAGGGGGCAGGCUCUUGUUAGCCCCAGCCCCAGGGCAGCAGCACAAGUUCUUGCUCACCCCUCAGCAGCCACUUGGGCCAUUCACAAUCUGGGCUUUAAGUCUGGUGACUUCCUGCUAUCAGUGCUUCUCUCAGUGUGUGAACAAUUAACACAGACUAGUUACCUUCACUUAGGUGACAGUCAGAUUCUAGUCAGUGUCACUUCCUGGUUCUCAGUCCUAGCAUAAUUUGGGCUGCAAACACUGCAGCAGCAACAUUUAAGUCUUGUCCCUUGUUCAAUUUUAUUUUUUAUUCCAUGGAAAUGUGACUCUGGCUUUGUAAAAGUUAAUUUUUAACUAACCUAAACUUGUGGCAAAAUAAAUCUUUUUAUAUUACG